AUGAUUACAAUAGCUGACUGUACUACCAAACCUCCUGUGCUCGAUAUGGUUUGGAUUGAUGGUGGUCAAACAUCUAUAUCGUAUUACAAUACAUCGAACAAUUAUGUUUCACUUUCCCCAGCAUUUUACCUUGAAAACUCUGUUGGCCGCGCAAAUACCUCGUAUAUAAAUGCCAUUUCAGGAACUGCAGUCGAAAAGGAUAUUAUAUUUUCUAAUUCCGAUUGUCUUUUGCAAUAUGCAAAUUUUUAUAAAAACGAAGUACAUGGUGCAAAUCAAUGUUUUAUAAUUUUUGGAGAAAGUCGAGAUGCAAUAUGUUCUGCUGAUCAUUGCGUGUUUCUCGAUAAUACUGCUUCAAUUUUCAUUAAUCGAGAGUAUCCAUUUACUCAUUGUUCUUUUGUUAGAAAUUCUUUCGGAUCCACUCCUCCAUCAGUACCAUAUUCCGGAACAAACAAAUUCGUUGUCAUUACGCAAUGCCAUAUUGGAAAUCACGAGGACUGCCCAAAGCAGUUUUCUGUGUUUGUCGAUAUUUUACACUGA